AUCAGAUGACGGAACGGCACUAGUGACAAACUUUGAAUCGGACAAGCCUCCAGCAGAAUUUGCGAAUAUUUAUAAACAGGAUGGACUUGUUGGUGGGCAUGUCAUAAUGCUUGGUGGCGACGAUGCGAGCCGUUCUGCUGCGCUGGAAGCGCUAAAUGCAUAUCCUGGUGGUUUGCAAGUUGGAGGUGGAAUAAAUUUGGAGAAUGCAAUGUCUUACCUUAAUGAAGGGGCAAGUCACGUGAUUGUAACUUCUUAUGUAUUUAGUGAUGGAAAAAUGAACAUCGAAAGACUGACGCAACUUGUCGAGCUUGUUGGGAAGCAAAGGCUUGUUUUGGACCUUAGUUGUCGAAAAAAGGAUGGCAAAUAUGCCAUUGUGACUGACAGAUGGCAGAAGUUCAGUGAUGUCUAUGUGGAUGGGCCAACAUUAGAACGUCUUGCUGCCUAUGCAGAUGAGUUUUUGGUUCAUGGAGUUGAUGUGGAGGGCAAAAGGUUAGGAAUUGACGAGGAACUUGUGGCACUAUUGGGACUCCAUUCACCUAUCCCAACAACAUACGCCGGAGGUGUGUCGACAAUGGACGACUUGGAGAGGAUAAAGCAAGCAGGCAAAAGUCGGGUCGAUGUUACUGUCGGGAGUGCCCUAGACAUAUUCGGGGGAGAUUUGCCCUACAGUAAAGUUGUCCGUUGGCACUCGGAGCAAAGAAUGGUUAGCCAGCGGUGAAGAAGUGAGAUGCCUUGUUUGCAAACAUUAUUGUGAACAGUUAAGUGGAUCUUUAUGUGCCAUGUUAAAGUUGAAGCAGAGAUGAAUUCAGUAUCAUAGAUGGAUUCGCAUGA